AUGGGCCCACUGCAGGUUCGACAGGUUCGACAGGCUCAGCAGGUUCGGCAGGCUCGGGUUUUGCAGGCGCAAGCAGAAGGUGAGCCGCAAUUACCUUCUCCUGUGAAUGCAGAAGAGGGUGAAGCGCAGGGAGUAGCAGAAGCAGAGGUGAAGCAGCCAGCUAAAGCACCGCAAGUAGCACCACAGCAGAUAGGCACACUGUCAUUGCCUAACGGGGGAGAGGAGAAGGGUGCUGGAGAGGGGAAAAGGGAAGGAGAGGGGGAGAAACGAGGUGAGGGGGAGAAGGAAGGAGAGGAGGAGAAGGAAGGAGAGGAGGAGAAGGAAGGAGAGGAGGAGAAGGAAGGAGAGGAGGAGAAGGAAGGAGAGGAGGAGAAGGAAGGAGAGGAGGAGAAGGAAGGAGAGGGGGAGAAGGAAGGGGAGAAGGAGAAUGAAGGAGAGAGGGGGAAGGAAAGCGAGGGGGAGAAGGAAGGAGAGGGGGAGGAAGGAAGGAAGGAGGAGGAAGGAGAAGGAGAGAGGAAAGGAGAAGGAGAGAAGGAGGGAAAAGGGCAGAAGGAAUUAGAAGGGGAAAAUGAACGAGAGAGCGAGAAAGAAGGAGAGAAAGAGGAGGAGGGAGAAGGGGAGAAGGAAGGAGAAGGGGGGACAGAAGGAGAGGACCUGCCGGAAGAUUCCCAGAAGGUGCUGCUGGGCGGCAUGGGGGCGGCGCUGGUGGCUGCCAAGAUGUGGCCGUGUAACCUGUUCGGCGGGCGGGCGGCAUGCCGCCCUGUAGCUAACACCGGCAGGGGAAAUGAAGGACCAGAGAGGGCAAACGGCAAGGAGAAAGACGAGGAGGGGAGUGUGAGAGUGGGGAUGAUGCAGCAGUGUGCCGUUGACCUGGUCAACCCUACAGUUGACUGCGCGUACACCCUGGAGGAGCAGGAGGGGCAGGCGCUGGACCCGGAUGUGGUGGUGCGAGCGCGGCUGCAGCAGGGGGGGUACUCCGCGCCCUGUGAGCCGUGCCUGCAGGCGCUGCACCGCUUCUGGUGCGGCCAGACUGUUCCCACGUGCGGCACCUUUGAGAAGAUUGUGGAUGAAGUGCUGCCGGAGCUGCGCCAGAUAACGACGGGCCAGGAGAAGCCUGACGAGCUCAUAGAAGCCGCCCUCCCUCGCAUGCUCGCAGCCUUUUCUCUCGGGCUGCCCUGCAAAGAAAUGUGCCUCGAAGUCACCUCGCUCUGCAGCUGCGGCCAGAUCACCACCUUCGGGCAGACGAUGGAAUUUUUGGAGGCUGCCCGUCCAGGCAAGGAGCCUGAUGUAAGGGUGCCCGUAGGAUUCACAACAGGGAUGUCGAAUCGGACGGCUGAGAAGAUCUUCAAUCAUGUGUGGGAUCGGCACCUCUGCGACCUCUUCUCUCCGUCAGAUAUGCCGGGUUUCGAGGGCAAAUGCUACAAGCACACGCGGGAGGAGGUGCAGGCACAGGCGGGCGGCUGUGAAUGGUGCAAGGAGGGUGCGGAGAGGCCUGAUGAGAUGGCGGUGGAGAUUGUGGCACAAAUGGCGCAGUCUAUAUCGAGUAUGAUGCAG